AUGCCCAAUCUUAAUCCUACCCUAAUCCACACAUUCAUAGCUCUCCAGCUUUCAGGCCCCUCAAUCUUCCUGCUCAUCCUCGCUACAGCCCUCCUCUGCAAAACUAGAAUAAACCGCCACCCUGUGUGGUACAACUUCUGCGUCUCAUGGGUCAUCUUCGGGGUGUCAUUUUCGCUGCUCACUUUGUGCGGAGAACAGUUCAAGUUUGAGCCAAGGAAAAGGGUGUGCUUCAUCCAGGCGGGGUUGGUGUAUGCUGCGCCGUUUUUGUGCGUAUGCUCGAUGUUCCUUUUCACGUUUCUACCCAAAGUGACCAUGCGAUCUUACCUGCUGCUGAGCGUAUUAUCGGUUCUCUCGAGUUCACCAACCAAGAAGAGGUACCCGAAGAUUAUAGCCUUUGUAGAAGCUCGUUCCUUUUUGCAUCAAGCCUCAUUCUUCGGAGAAUUCAUUAUCGUUUCAGUACACCUCGCGACACAGGGAAUUGAUUCAACUCUCGCCCAACGGGACCUUCUGCGUUUUGAGGCACCACAUUGUGGUGCUGAUUUUUACGUUGGCUGGUAUCGUUUCCAUUGCUUUGAUGUGGUGCUCGCUACUCGUCCAGGGAGCGCGAGCUCAGGUACCAGCUUUGAGUGGAUAACCACGGCGUUCCUGCGAACGAUAUCAAUUCGACGCCAGGUGUCUGGCUCCCGGGGCUCCGUCCCUCUCCCGGCUGAGCUUGAGAGUUCGAGGUCGACGGCAAAUCUGACGUUGAGUGGAGACUCGGACGAGGAAGAUUUGGAGCUUUGA